GAAGCGAUUUUUGAUGGUUUACCUGAAGAUUAUAGUGCUUUAAGCACGAUUAUCUUCACUCAUCUUCUUCGAGCACGAUUUCUGAGGUCGAAGCGAUGAUCAUUACUCAUGAUGCUCGCCUGGAACGAUCACGGAAACGUAGCCUUAGCGAUUCUACUGCUUCUGCGUUGCUUGCGCAUACACAUGCGUUCGCAUCGGUUCCUGCUCCGAUUUCACCUCAGAUCUCCCAAACGCCGCCACCUUCUGUGGAUUUGACGCCGUCUCAGGCCAAUUAUGCUGCUGAAUUUCGUGGUGGACGUGACUAUCGGAAUGAUCAACAACGUCCAAAUUAUCGUGAUUCUGGUGACAAUCGUGAUACCUAUCAUGACCAGAAUGAUUCACGUGGACCAGGCGGUGGCCGUGGUGGCUAUCCUGCUGGUGGACGCGGUGGUGGACGCGACCGUGGGCGCGGCCGUAAUUUGCAGUGUCAGAAGUGGGGACAUGAUGCGAGUGUCUGCUACCAUCGCGCCGUUGGAGGUGGUUCUGUACAGAAUGGCACCUUUACUAAUAUGCCUAGUCCUGCACCUUUUGGAGCCUUUCCUCCUAUGCCUCUUGGUUCUGCCACUUUUGGCUCUUCCUCACCGUCUUUUUAUGCUUCUGGACCUGCUCCGUGGAAUUACUUUGGCUCUUCCGCAGGACCUUACAAUGGUGCUUACCCUCCAGGUUCUCAGUUUCCUGCUUUUACUAGUGGUUCUCAAUAUUCUGCACCUGGAGCUGUUUUUGGUCCAGCAUCAUCUUCUUGGAAUUCACCUCGGCCCUCACCUCCAUCUUAUCCGGGCCUUCUUGGCUCUCAGCCUCGCUCUCCUGCUCAUGCUAUGCUUGCUGGUCCUCUGCACCAUGCUUCUUCUUCAGCAUCUCAGCGUCCUGACAAGCCUACUUUGUGGUAUCCCGAUUCUGGUGCCACUCACCAUGUUACCAAUGCUGCUGGAAAUUUUUCAGACACUUCUUCAUUCACUGGAACUGAGCAGAUUUUGAUGGGCAAUGGCCAAGGAAACAUCUAAAGUGUUGCUUCGUGGAAGUGUUGGUUCUGAUGGCUUAUACACCUUUGAUGUCAACGCUGCUAGUGUCUCUUCUAGUUGUU